CAAAAAUUAAAAAACUCUACAAUGUUGGAAUCGAGUGUAUUCUUCUUCACAAACAAACUUAUUAUCUUCAACAAAUUCGGAAGAUUCACAAUUGCUUGUUCCUCUCUUAUGUCUACUUCCCAGAAAAAUUUCUGCUUUUGAAAUUCAAGAUGUACUCGUCGUCGUCCUCUUCUUCUAUUUUUCUUCAAUUUCCACCGGCGAGAAUAACCACCGCGUCUCCAUUUAUACUCCGCCGUAGCAGGAAGCGAGGAGCUCGUUUUAAACGACAGAGUCGGAAUUUAGUUCUUGUGAAUUCGUCAAUUUUCCCUCCGCCUUUCGAUGGCAGCGUUCCUCUCGAUUCCUCCUUAGCUCCAUCUCUCGCCGGAAUCGCUUCCGGCUUAGCCGUUUAUUUAUCGUCGAGGUUUUUUGGAAAGUCUUUGGAGAAGAUUAGUGAUAAAAUCGUUGAUGAUGUUGUUGUUGGGGAAUGGAUUCUUUUCACCACUCCGACGCCGUUUAACAGAUUUGUUCUUCUUCGUUGUUCUUUGCUCUCCUUUGAUGAUGACUCUGAGAAGAGUUUAAGCGAUAGACUUGUCACAGAGGAGAGGCAUUUCGUUACUUUGGAUAGUGGGAAGAUUGUAAGAGACGGUGCUGUUACGGAUGAGAAGACUCCGUUGGAGUAUCAGAGGGUUUGUAUCACUAUGGAGGAUGGUGGAGUUGUCUCGCUAGAUUGGCCUGCUAAUUUGGACAUUAGGGAGGAGCGUGGAUUGGAUACAACGGUGGUUUUCAUCCCGGGAACGCCGGAAGGCAGUAUGGAAGAAGGCGUUAGAUCGUUUGUAUGCGAAGCUCUGAGGCGAGGCGUGUUUCCUGUGGUUAUGAACCCUAGAGGCUGUGCUGGUUCGCCUCUCACUACACCUCGGUUGUUUACAGCUGGUGAUAGUGAUGAUAUAUCCACUGCUUUGCGAUUCUUAAGCAAGACAAGGCCAUGGACGACACUUACGGCCGUUGGCAGAGGAUAUGGUGCAAAUAUGUUGACGAAAUAUCUUGCGGAAGCAGGGGAAAGAACGCCUCUUACAGCUGCUGUAUGCAUUGAUAAUCCCUUUGACCUUGAGGAGAUCACACGGACAUCUCCGUAUUCUACUAGUUUGGAUCAACAGCUUACAAGGGGAUUAGUUGAGAUACUGCUGGCAAACAAGGAGCUUUUUCAAGGCAGAGCAAAAGCAUUUGAUGUUGGAAAGGCUCUGUGUUCAAAGUCAGUUCGCGAAUUUGAUAAAGCCUUGUCCAUGGUGACAUAUGGUUGCGAGAGUAUAGAAGAUUUCUAUUCCAGUUGUGCCACCAGAGAGGUGAUUGGGGAAGUAAAAGUUCCUCUCCUCUUUAUACAGAAUGACGAUGUAGUACCACCUUAUACAAUACCACGAAGUUCAAUAGCUGAAAACCCAUUUACAAGCCUGCUUCUGUGCUCUUCUUCACCAAAUCUGAUCGAUGGACGUACAGUGGCCGUGUCUUGGUGCCAGGACCUUGCUAGUGAGUGGUUGACUGCUGUAGAACUUGGGCUUCUGAAAGGUCGUCAUCCACUUUUGGAAGACGUGGAUGUUACUGUUAACCCUUCAAAGGGAUUAGUUUUUUCGGAAGCCAGAGCACCUGAAAAAAGUAUCGGUGCCAAGAAGCUGGUACAGGCAGCCCAUGAAAAGACGGUGAAUGGUUACCAUCUAGAUCCUUUCAGGGAAACACUUGAAGACAGUGACAUGACCCCAAACUCGAAUUUGUCGCCUGAAACAGAUUUAGAAAAGAAUGUCAAAAUCGAUUAUGGAUCUGAUGAAACAGAAAAUAAUAUAGUUUCCACAAGAGUUGAAUCAAUCGAAGAUAAUGAGUCCAACGUAGAAGAAAGUGAUAGAGGGCAGGUGUUGCAGACUGCAGAAGUUGUUGUGAGCAUGCUAGAUGUAACCAUGCCUGGGACCCUAAAAGCUGAAGAGAAGAAAAAGGUUAUGGAUGCUGUUGGUCGGGGAGAGACAGUACUAACAGCACUGCAAGAUGCUGUGCCAGAAGACGUUCGUGAGAAGCUUACAACAGCUGUAACUGGGAUCUUGCAGUCAGGUGGCACUAAAUUAAAUCUUGAAAAUCUUAAGCUUCCUAGUAUAGCACCAGGAUUAAAGAAAGCGGAGGAAGAAAAGAAAGAAACAUCAAGUGCCAUAGGUCAAAGUGAUUCUUAUUCUCCUGAUCCGAAAGAUAAGAGCGAUGGUUUGGUGAGUGGCUCAGAUGAAACUAUUAGUGGCUCGGAUAAUUCUCCAGGUGGAGUAGAACUAGAGCAUUCCCCUUCAAAGGUUUCUCAGAGAAACAGUGAUUCUGGAAAGUCCCAACCCGUUGACAAUGAUCAAGAUGAUAGUCCUGGAAAUCACGAGUCACAUACUAAUGAAAAGACCAGUGCAGCUGAUGAUUCUGAGAUGGCUUCCGAAGCAAAAAGUGAUAGUGCUAACCAGGGGCCAAUUGGUGCAGAGGCGGUCACUAAUAAUGAUGACAAAGUGGAGCAAGGUUCUGGAGUAGCUACACAUCAAGGACAGGUAGAAACUAGUAAAAACGAUGAGAAAGGAGCUCCAAUUGCCAAUGAAAAAUCCAGUGUAGCUGAUGGUUUCGAGAAGGCUUCAGAUGCAAAGAAUGAUAGUACCAACCCACAGCCAGUUGGGGCAGACGAUAUAACUAGUGAUGGGGACAAAGUGGACCAAGGUGUUGUACUAGCUCAACAACAAAGAAAGGAUGAAACUAGUAAAAGUGAUGAGAAUGCAAAACAGUCUGCCACAGAUCAAAACAAGGUGACAUCUACCGACAAUGAAGGAGAUGCUGGAAAAUCUUCUGCUUCACAGCCUGUAGAGAAAGAUGAAAGUAAUGAUCAGAGCAAAGAAACCAAAGUUAUGCAGCCUGUAUCAGACCAAACUAAGCCAGCAAUUCAGGAACCAAAUCAGCCCAAUUUUAAUGUGUCCCAAGCAUUUGAGGCAUUGACAGGGAUGGAUGAUUCAACCCAGGUAGCUGUCAAUAGUGUUUUCGGUGUGCUCGAAAACAUGAUUUCUCAGCUGGAUGAAGAAAAAAAAGAAGGAAAUGAGGUAAGUGAUGAGAAGAAUCUCAAGGAUGAGAAGAAUCUCAAGGAUGCGAAGAAUGUCACGAAUGAGGUAGUGUCUCCAUCUGAAGAGGAAAUUCCCUACAAGAGAGAAACCAAAAGCCUUAUGCCCUCUGCAAAAUCACGUGAUCCUGCAUGCAGUGUGAGUGAAACUGAAAAAUGUUCUGACAAUGAUAAGGUAACAGGGGUAGUGAUUGAAAAACAAUUGGGCAGAGAUGAAUUUGUGAUUGGUAAGCAUUCACCGAAGAUUCUGCCAGAAAGAAAAACAGAUUCUAUCGAAAAUUCUUCUCAUGAUGGAUACCUUGGGGAGGAACUUUCAAAGGAAAAGAUUGCAAAACAGUUAGAUUUAGAUACAACCACUGCUCUCAUGCUUGACUAUUAUCCAGAGGAAGGUAAAUGGAAACUCCUUGAUCAGCAACCAAAACGCUUGGAUGAUGACUAUUACCCAGAGGAAGGUAAAUGGAAGCUACUAGAUCAACAACCAGAAUACUUGGGUAACGUUGCUGACAAUGCAGCAGCCAGCAGAAAUACACACGAUAAUGUACAGGUUCAUUCCCUUAGUGUAGAUAAUGAAGAGACCAUUGAGCCUUCAUAUGUGAUAGUGGACCAUGAACAAGAGUUGGAGCUCUCUGGAAUGCAUGAUGCAGCAGACAAUCAAAAUGAUGGUCCUCACAAAUUAGACGAAGGAUGUGAGGAAUUAGAGCACCUCAUUAAUGUUAUUGUAUCAGACUCUUUGAAUGUAGAAAUUCAGCGCAGGAUGGGUUCAGCUGGCAUGAGGCAAAUUGAGUCUCAACUCAGUCGAGAUAUAAAAAAGGUGGCAAAGACAUUUUCUUAUGCUGUUGUAUACUCAGAGCCUACUUGGACUUUCAAAAGGAAUAGCAAAACUUCCAAUGUCCCUGCUGGAAAAGUAGGUAAACUUCGUGGGGACGCUAUCAUUAGGGCAAUUGCAUCUGCUGUCCAGGAGGCGCAUUUUCUCAGACAAGUACUGCCAAUUGGUGUUGUUGUUGGCUCUGUUUUAGCUGCUCUGAGAAAAUAUUUCGAUGUAUCUACAACAACCAACAAUGCUAAGAGAGAUGUUGUCCCGGGUAGAAGACAAAAGUACGAGAACAAUGGUGCAAUGGCGAGUGUUUUGCCAGACAAAGUGAGCAAGGAGACCAAACAAAACAACUCGAGCAUUGGAGAAAUGGUGGAAUCUGGCUUGCAAAGUAUUAACAAUAAAAGUGCUAUGGUUGGUGCUGUAACAGCUGCUUUGGGAGCAUCUGCUAUGCUGGUUCAACACGAGGAUCCACAAAGAGGUGGCAUCAUGUCAAAAUCAUCGGAUAAAGAUAGUCAACAGAAAGAAUCUGGACAACUUGAUCAGAGUAGUAUGGUGGGAAGUUUUGCUGAGAAAGCUAUGUCCAUAGCUGGUCCUGCUGUUCCGACAAAGGAAACUGGUGAAGUGGAUCAGGAUAGGAUUGUGGCAAUGUUGGCAGACUUGGGUCAGAGGGGUGGCAUAUUGAGUUUAGUUGGAAAACUUGCUCUGCUUUGGGGUGGCCUUCGGGGUGCUAUGAGUUUAACUGAUAGGCUAAUCCAGUUUUUGCACAUGGAUGAGUGGCCCUUGCUCAAGAGGGCUGUGGGCUUUAUUGGCAUGGUGCUCGUUUUAUGGUCACCGGUUGUGAUUCCAUUGCUUCCAACACUUCUCCAGAACUGGUCUACAAGUAAUCCUUCUAGAGUGGCAGAACUAGCUAGUGUAGUCGGUCUCUAUGUUGCUGUAUUCAUUCUUGUUAUGCUGUGGGGAAAGAGAGUACGGAAGUACGAAAACCCAUUCAAGCAAUAUGGGCUUGAUUUAAAGGCAUCAAACAAAGAAAAGAUUCAAGAGUUUUUAAAGGCCUUUGCAGGGGGCAUCACGGUCGUUCUACUAAUUCAGUUCAUAAAUGCAAUAUCAGGAGCUGCGUUUCUUUCUCGGCCACCAUAUUUUCCACAUUCUUUUGAUGCCAUGAAGUGGCUUAAGGGAUGUGGGCAAUUUCUUCUGCUGAUAAUUAGAGGAUUUACAGCUGCGACAUUUGUAGUGCUUGUGGAAGAGUUGCUCUUCAGAUCUUGGAUGCCUGCCGAGAUUGCUAUAGAUCUGGGCUACCAUCAAAGCAUUAUCAUUACAGGACUCAUAUUUGCCUUGUUCCAGAGAUCCCUGAGAUCAAUUCCAGGGUUUUGGCUUCUGUCGUUGGCGCUUACUUGGGCUCGUGAAAGAAGCCAAGGAAAUCUAAUUGUUCCAAUUGGGUUGCGGGCAGGAAUCAUAGCAUCAAGCUUUAUACUACAGUCAGGUGGAUUCCUCACUUACAACCCAAGUUCCCCGGUUUGGAUUGCAGGGAGCCGCCCAUCACAGCCUUUUAGUGGAGUUGUUGGUCUUAUGGUCUCUUUGGCGUUGGCACUUAUUCUUUAUCCGAAACGUUCUCCAGAAACCAAGAUGCAGAAAUAUAAUUAAGAAGAAGAAGGCAAACAGUAAGAAAUGACAUGUUGUGCUCAUGCCCUUUCUAUGAUUUGCAGAGGGAAAACUGAUUUACUAUGCACAGAAGAAUAAAAAAAGAAUAGGUGAAAGUAUAGAAAAUGAGGACAGAAGAAGAGCUUCGGAUCUGCAUGCUUGUAAGUAGGACGCAUAAGACCCCUUGUGUACAUCUUCUGUACCUAGUAGAAUAUAUGCUUUUGUUCAAUUACAAGUAUCAUAAUAGUGUAUACAUGAUAUAUGGAAGUUGUAUGUGAUCUUUUGGGUAUCUCAAAGCUGUUGUGUCGGUCUUGUUAUUGAGGCAGAGAUGAAAACUAAAGUUAUUUCAGAUCAUACAAAAAGAAGUUUAGUAUUCAUUUCAGAAUCAUGUUGACUAUGCGUCUAUAGUCUAUACGAUUCAGUGGGUAGGGAAAAAGAGUUGGUAACAACGCUAUAACACGACCUGAAGCUGCAUAAUGAGAUGGGGUCUAGUUUUCUACAGUCAGAGUCAGGAAGUUGGAAGUGCACGCAGGGUGCACAUCUGCUGCGGCUACCUGUAAACGGUAUGAACUAAAGCACAAUAAGAUGUUGGAGUUUUCUCGCAAGGCCGGAAUGAGGAGGAGACUGAUCUUUAGUUGCAGGAUUAUGCAGUUGAGAAAAAAUGUAAAUAAGUUGAAUACAGAAAUCACAAGACUUGCACAUGGGGGUUACUGAAAGUGUUGUUAGAGAUAUAUACGAGCAUAUAAGAAAAGUGAGCUACCGAUGAAAUUGAAGGUCCCUAUUUCUGUAUUUUUGUUAAGAUAUGAUAUGUUUUUCCUUCUUUACCCAUGAAUCUUGUAAAAUCUAUGCAGACUCAAGAAAGGAGCUUAGUGUAUAACGAGACUGUGGUUGACCUUUUAAAUCGUGAUACUGAGCCCGUUGGACUAUUAAAUGAUCUAGAGGUAUUUAAAGGGUUGGAAGCUUUAAGCCAAUUGCUGAAAUAGACAUACACUAUCUCGGCUACUUGGAGAAUGUUGUCUAUUUUGCAGAAAGGAACCAUUUUGCCAUUGAGGAGAAUCUGAUGGAGGAAGUGGUUGAAAGCAGACAGCAUUUACAUCAUUUAAUUGGCAUUUGUGAAGGUUAUACUUCCUAUCGCUUGUUAAUAUACUUUUUAUGCAUUUGAUGGUGAUGGUAUUCUAGGUGCAUACGUUUGGCAAAGCCUCAAAGUGUGUUGAUGACAUUUUGAAGAUAUGACUCAUUGUCUCUUUAAUGAGACACAUGGUAAUCAUCUUUUCCAUCCAUGUAUGUGAUUUUCCAUUUGCUUUUAUAGCUCAAAGGCAACUAGAAAACUGCUUUGAACGACAAAAGUUCAAGAUCACAUACAGGAUCUAGAAUGAAGGAAUUCUAGAAACUAAGCAUUCUACGAAAGUUUUACCUGUAAAGAUGUAGUGAUAUCAAAUUCGCUCUCCUAUUAACAUUACUCCUAUUGCUUCAAACUUGUCUGUGUUUGAUGAUGUGCUUAUUAGAAAAACAAAAAUGGUUUUGGUUGUUCUUGGUAAAAAAAGACACUCUUCUGAUGGUCUUCAUUUUAGGGGUUUGAUUUUAGCUGAUUUUUUGUUUUAGGUUGUCUCAGACAAAAAACAUCUGCAGCAAAAGUAGCGAAACUCGAGUCAGAGUAAAGGAGCCUGGAGUCCAGUUCAUCUACCUCCUUGAAGUCGCUUUUAACUGAGAAUGAGAUGAAAAUCCAACAGCUAUGACUUCAAGCAGGUUGACGAACUGGACUCUUAACUCUGACUACAAGCAGGAUUCACAUCUUGAGUGAUCUCUUCUGAAAAUAUUUAAAAUGUGGACCUCACUUGACAGACUACAAGCACUGUUGAAUUCAGUUUUAUUAACAAAAACAACAUGGAGAUUGAUUUAUCACUUGCAAUUAUUCAUUCAUGUUAAACUAAUGGCAGAACAGCUUAGGAGAAAUGAUAAUGUGAUGUGAGGCAGUUAGUCUUUAACUUAGCUGGUGCCUAUUGUGCUACUCCACUGAUGCUAUACCUCUGUUGAUA